AAUAAGGGAGCAUUGCAUUGUGGGGGUUUCCAACAUAUUCCAAGAUGGCGCUUCAACCGGACCGCCGAGAGCUCGGCUACGAGCAAACUUUGAUGUAUGGCAGGUAUCGGCAGGAAUUGAGUCAAUUUGCUAAGACUGAGGCAGCUAGACAGAAGGAGGAGCAGAAACGACAGAAGCAGCUGGAUGAUGAGUUCAGACAGUACAGGGGAACCUGCUGCUAUACAGUCAAAUCUAAUCUGAUCUGGUUCCGUGACUUUGUCUUCAGUAAGAUAGGGGAAGAUUGGAUCUUUCUAGCCCUACUUGGCAUCAUUAUGGCACUGCUAUCAUUUGCUAUGGACUAUGCCAUUGCUAAAUUCCAAACAGCUCAAGUCCAGCUCUUUACAGUACUGAAGGGCUCUCCAUUUGUACAGUACUUUGCCUGGACUGGCUUUCCUAUCGUCUUCAUCAUUUUCUCCACAGGAUUUGUGCAUCUGGUAUCACCAAAUGCCAUAGGCUCUGGAAUACCAGAGAUGAAGACCAUUCUGAGAGGAGUAGUGCUGAAGGAAUACCUGUCAUUCCGUACCCUGAUAUCUAAGGUUAUUGGAGUGGCCACAUCACUUGGAAGUGGCCUGCCCAUCGGAAAAGAAGGCCCCUUUGUGCACAUUGCCAGUAUUGUAUCCACCAUCCUCAGCAAGCUCAUUGUAACAUUCAAGGGCAUCUUUGAGAAUGAAUCCAGGAACAGUGAGAUGCUAGCAGCAGCCUGUGCUGUGGGUGUUUCCUGCAACUUUGCUGCCCCCAUCGGUGGUGUGCUGUUCAGCAUUGAAGUCACAUCCACAUAUUUUGCUGUGCGGAAUUACUGGCGGGGUUUCUUUGGUGCUGUAUGUGGGGCAUUUGUCUUCAGACUGUUGGCUGUUUGGAACAAAGAUGAAGAAACAAUCACCGCCCUAUUCAAGACAACUUUCAGAGUGGACUUCCCCUUUGACCCACAGGAGUUGAUAGCCUUUGCUUUCAUUGGCAUUGUGUGUGGAUUUGGUGGGGCCCUGUUUGUCUUUGUCCACAGACGCAUUGUAGACUUCAACAGAACACACAAGAGAGUCAGUGCUUUCCUCAUGAAAAAUCGUUUCCUGUACCCAUUUCUGGUAUCACUGGUCAUUUCUUCCAUUACAUUCCCUCUGGGUCUGGGGCAAUUCAUGGCAGGAGAGUUGACACAGAAGCAGCAAAUUGAUGAGCUAUUUAGCAACACAACGCUGGGUAAUGAUCCAUCAGCUACCAUAGAUGAAGAGAACAAGUACAAGCCAUGGCACCGUCCUAAUGUCUUCGUUACUCUGGGUGUCUUCAUUGUCAUGCAGUUCUGGAUGACGGCCCUGGCAGUGACUCUGCCUGUACCUGCUGGGGUAUUCAUUCCUGUCUUCACAUUAGGAGCAGCAUUUGGUAGGCUGGUUGGGGAGUGUAUGGCAGCAUGGUUCCCUCAGGGUAUCCACACAUCCGAUGCUGUCAUCAAUAAAGUCAUACCAGGAGGAUAUGCUGUAGUUGGUGCAGCAGCAUUAUCAGGCAGUGUGACUCAUACCAUCUCCACGUCUGUCAUUGUCUUUGAGUUGACUGGGCAAAUCACACACAUCUUACCUGUCAUGAUGGCAGUGUUGAUAGCCAAUGCCAUAGCCCAGUUACUACAGCCAUCAUUCUAUGACAGUAUCAUCCAAAUCAAGAAACUGCCAUACCUACCGGAUAUCAGCCAUGCUGGCUCCAAGACCUAUGAGAUAUUUGUGGAGGAUAUCAUGGUACGUUAUGUCAAGUUCAUCUCCUGGCUUUCCACCUAUGCUGACCUGAAGGAACUGCUGGAUACUUCUCCUAAACUCCAGUCUUUCCCAUUGGUAGAUGCUCCUGAGUCCAUGAUAUUACUUGGUUCAGUGCAGCGUAGUGAGCUGGAAUGCAUGUUGGAGAAGAAGGUUGGGUUAGCUCGUCGUUUGGUGGUUGUAGCUGAUAGGAAGAGAUCUCAAGGACAGAGCCAGCCAGGUCCAUCAGAUCGCUUCUCUGUUGUCUCCUUCAAUGCCAAGUCUGAUGAAAACAACUCACAACAAAUCUCCAUCAGAGACGCUUCUGACAAAGAUGCCACAGGAAUCAGUCUGUCCAACCUAGAGUUAUCACUCAAUAUCCUGCUUGGGACGUCACCACGCACAUCCCCACGGUCAUCCUUUUCCACUCAGGGUAUGUUAAAGCGCUUUGGCUCCAGGGAUAGUAUACUGAGCUCUAGUACUGACUCAUUGGAUGGUUCCAAAAAGAAGCCUCGAGUGUAUAAACUGCCGAUUGGAGAAUUUGAGGAUAUGUCAACAGAGGAGCAUGAGGAAUGGGAGAGUGAAGAGCUGAAGGUGCAGUUGGACUUCAGUGAGGUUCACAUUGAUCCAGCCCCAUUCCAACUUGUGGAACGAACGUCACUACACAAGUGUCAUUCCAUGUUCUCCCUGCUGGGUCUGAACCAUACCUACGUGACGACACUUGGACGGCUGGUUGGUGUUGUCUCACUCAAAGAGAUACGACGAGCGAUUGAGAGAUCAGCAGACAGCAACAAUCAUAGCUCCUUCCGCAGAAGUCACAGGAAUGAACCACAGAAUAUCAUACAGGCUGAGGGCUCAUCAAGCUGACUUCUCAACAGUCAAGAAAGCAUCUGAAUCACCUCCCUCCCCCACCCCGGGGUGCCCUCCCCCCCCCCCCCCCUUCCCCCAUUCCAUCCCCCAUCUCUGCAUGAUAUUCCCUUUCAUGUCAUCCCGAUACAGUUGUGGUAUCCCUGCUAUAUUGCCAAGAUAUCCUUAGAUUCUCAACAUCACUCUUAGUAAGAUGAUUUAUGAAUAGUCUGAAUAUUGCUAAGAAUAGUUACAUACAUGUAUACGCUAAAACGUAGAGAGCCUUGUUGGAUAUAUUUUGAAGAUAGUUUUGCUUUGAAAACAAACUACCUGCUGUAUAUAACAAUGCACACAAAAGUAUUUAAUGCUGCUAUUUUGCUUGCUUCAUUUUUAAAGGUUGUUUCCUUGAUAUUCAUUACUGAGCUUCCAGAGCAGAUUGCAGCUUUGUAAAAAGAAAAACAUGUUUUUGAAUAGAUUUUGGCCUGAAGAUAUUCAUUGAAGCUUAUUGCUUAGUUUAACCCACCAUAAAAUAACCAAAAUAGGUUUACACGCAUACAAAUACCAAUUUGAAAUGACAACAAAUGGUUGCCAUUGUUACAUUUUUCCAAUUGAGUUGAAUGGACAGAUGAUUGUAUCAGUCACUGAUUCAAAAUACUACUAAGUUGGUUCAGAUGCUUUCUUGGCUGAUGUGAUGUGAUGUUAUUGAACGCUUGCCAAAGAAAGAAAACAACUUUAUUGUUAAAAUUCCUGUGAGAUAUUUGAAAGAGUAGUACACAAGAACACCACUAUCACUGACAUUUGGGGAUGCAUGUAAUAUUGGGUAUAGUGAUGGCUCAAUGUACUGCACAGUGUAAUAUAGUGUAUAUAACAUUGGGAGCAAGUCAGAAGGGAUGUAUGGUACCAGACUAAUGUUUAGUGUAAUGAUGUGAGUUGAACCAGUACAUGUAUACUACAGUACAUGUACAUAGAUACAGUAAUGCUGGAAGCCUCCUAGUCUUCUGCACUUCAAAACCCUUCAAGUUUUGAAAACCACAUUUGUCCAUAGAGUUAGCACCCAUUGAGUAAUAUGUCAAUGUUUGUAAGUACAUGUAUAUGUAGUGACUACCGUAACUGUGCUAUCAGAGCAAAGCUGUAAAAAAAAAAAAUUGUGAAAAAAACACAUUAUUUUUGUACCAUAUAUGCUAACAGUAAAGUGUCACACGUUUCCUUGAAAUUAAAGAAAGUUAUUUAGGAAGAGUUCAUUUACAAGUGGAUUUAGGUUUUAUGCAUGGAAUGGUCACACAAAGAUGAAACAAUGAAAUCAAUGUUUUAAAUAUAUUAUGUGGAUUCAGGGAUUUGGGUGAAUUGUUUGGACUUUCAGGAAUAAGGUAUUGAUGUUUUUUAAUAUGAUUAUCAGAUACAAUUUAUUAAAGGAUGUUUUACGUAGCGUAUGUUGUAUAAGCAUUAAUCUCACUGAUAACUUCAUUUUGCUUAGCCUUAGGUCUAGUGGUUGGGGUUCCAAUCUGGCUAUGGCCACUGGCUGGGUCCUUAGACAUGCCCUGAAACAAUUAGCAUGGUGUUUAUUUCGGGAAUGACUUUUGACACUGGCAUCUCAUCAAACUGGCAGAAUAGAAAUAUUCCUUUGCUUCCAUUUGGUUUCAUGUUGUUCCACAUAGGCAGCAAGAUAAGACAUGAUUUUGAACAGUUGUUUUUACCAUUUAAAUUUACAUUAUUGUUAAAUUUUACUGUUAAGUCAAAGUUACGUUGAAAAUUGACAAUCAGCAUGUGAAUAUAAUUGAGUUUAUGUAGCAUAUGUAUUUGGAUGAUAAUGGUUGAGUGCCACUGCCUAGUGAUCCAGUACAUAGGUGUCAUCAUGUGGACAUUUCUGGAGAUGUGUGAUGUUAAUACAGGGAGAGUCAAAAAGAAAGUGACCUGAGUUAAUGGUGUUUUUUUUAAGUAAUCAAAUUUGAUACACCAAUGAAACAUGUCUUAAAAAGAGCUUGUUCUUUCACUCAAUCUGAAAAAAAAAAGAAUUACUGAAAUUGAUCAGUGCUAUCAGAAGGUAUGCAUGUUUUACUAACUAUUUUUUAUAGUUGUCCAUGGAAUGCCAUUGGAAGCUAUUGAGCUGAGUGAGAAUUACAGAUUGCACGCUGGUUUGCUCACUUUCUUUUUGCCUUGUAUAAGUAAGUCACUUUAUCAUUCUCUGCGUAAUGAGUAGUAUAAGACACAGGAGGACAUUAUAUUUGAAUUAGAGUUACCAACCAACUGUGGUGAGCUGUAAACUGUUCUCCCCAGGGAGCUACGAUUGUCUUAGGAAUGCUUCAUGGGGCAUGACAAGCAGGGACUAUCUUUGUGAAACUCUGCCCUUUAUAAAAAAUAUACAUUAUUGAAGUAAAAUGAGAAUCACAAAUUAUAAGGUGCUAUUAAUAUCAUUUGUUAUAACCUUAAAUUGUAAUGCUGUACAAAUACAGUGGGCUUGGUCAUGUUUGUCAACGUUACUUAUUGAAGAAUGCCAUCCAAUGUAGCAAAAGUAAUUUCCGUAUUUGGUACAUAAAUAAUUAUACCUGUAUGACCAAAAUUGGCUAUUUAUUCCAAUAAACAUUCCAAAUUAUAUUAUAACCUAUAGAAUUAACAAUUGAGUGUAAGGGUGAAGGUGUACUGCAAUAUGUAUAUUGUAAAAAAAAAAUUAGCGAAUGUGUUUUUCCAAUGUGUUCCUUUUGUUUGACCGCUUUGUGCCAGUAACUUAGUACCUAAGGCUGAACGUAUUGUGCAAAUGUUGGUCAAUGCUUUACCAUUUAGUCCCACUGAUACAUAUCUUGUACUCAUUGUAAAUGUGGACGUGUCUUUAUCCAGUACAUAGAAGUUAAAUGCUCUACAAAAUGCCAGAGAUGACAUAACAAGCAAGUGUGAUAUUGUUAUGGUGGUGUAUCAUUAAUGUAAUAAAAACAAAGUUGCAACUCGGACGAGUGACAACUCAA